UAUACUUAAUUUAAGACUAUAUUUCGAGCUGAAUCAUAGCUGAACUGGAUGCAAAAAAAAAAGUCACAAUGAACACCCUGCGGUAAAUUCAACUUAUUUUCUGCAUCCCUUUUAGUCACAACCCUAAAUAGUUUUCUAACUCUUUGUGGCCUACUUCAUCGUCACAAAUGUAAAGUUACUGAUUGUAUGACUAAAAAAACAAGUCAUUUAGCCAUAGUUUUCUCCAGUAAAGAAAAAAAAUUGACUGAUGGACUGGAGUGCUGUGGAUUAUUGAAUGCAUCAACUGUGCAUGUAAUGUGCUAAAUAAUAUUUAUUAUAACAAUAAUCAUCUUUAUUUGGAUAUUUUAAGAUUCUUUGAAACGAAUUGUUCGAAAGAAUCGAUUCGCGAAAAAGAAUCCGUUACGUCACUGCUGGUAGCCAAUCAACGAUCAGCGUUCUCCCGGUAGCCAAUCAGCGCUAAGCCUGCUCCCUUGAAUUCUCUUCCAGCGGGUCGUCGUGUGUUUUGGUAGUUCAGAGUGAAAAAAGCUCCCAAAAAGUUUUAAAAGUGCGCCUAGCCGCCACUAAAUAACAAAACACAGCGCGUGUAAACCUUUCAGCUUGACCGCGGCACUGGCAGCUCUCGCGGAAAAUGCUGUUAGCGGAAGCGAAGAGGCUGAAAGUGGCCGAGUUGCGCGCGAUGUUAACGGAGCGAGGGCUGGACCCGAGAGGCCUGAAGGCCGAGCUGGUGAUUAGACUGAUCUCCGCGAUCGAGGCCGGCGUCGAACCCAUCGGAGGCGAAGGCGAGGGGAGAAACGACGGCGAAGCGACGAGCAGGGGGCCGGAUUCUGAGCUGGGACGCGGGACGCGGUCUCCGGCGUGCGUCGGCCCUCCUAAAACCAGCACGGCUGCUUAUACCGACCAGAGCACGCAGACCGACCCGCUUCCGCUGUGCUCGUGCACCGCCCCGGUGACCGAUGGGUGCGGAGAGCAGCGACAACGGCAUCCGGCCGCGAGCCUGCAUCCCGUCGCCAUGGCAACCGCUGCUGCUGAAGAUGCGGAGUCUUGCUCCUCGCCGGUCCUGAGCCUCUCGGAGGCGGAUUCAGCGCGGCAGCGGUUGCUCUCCGGCCCAGAGGAGAGCGGGGAGCCCGAGACGUCCUGUGAGGAGAGAGGCAGAGAUUAUUACGAGUUCAAAGAAGACAUUCAUUAUAACAGAGCUAAAACACCAGAGCUGCCUCCGGAGCCCGAGGAAGAAGCCGCGGUCGAUUCUGAAGAUGUCCGACUGGACUCCUAUAACUGCGACCUGCAUUUCGAGGCGGACCCCGACGGAGGCAGCGGCCGGCCGCUCUUCUGGGAGAAGUUCCCCUUCCUCUGGUCAGGCUGCAGGAUGACCCAUGGGUUCAGUCGAGGGAAGGUCGGAUUCGAGGCCGAGUUUGUGAAGCGGCUGCCGGCUCCUGCGUCAGACCCGGACGGGCAUGGAAUCAGACUGGGCUGGUCGGUGGACGACACGAGCCUCCAGCUAGGCGAGGUGGAGCGGUCGUACGGUUUCGAUGGACGAGGGAAGAAAGUGACCGGAGGAAGGGAAGAGGCGUUCGGGGAGCCUUUCACGGAAGGAGACGUCAUCGGCUGCUACGCGUUCAUCAGCGAGACGGGAGAGGCCACGCUUUGGUUUCACAAGAACGGACGCUCUCUCGGCGCGGCGUUUCACCUGAGCUCCUCCGCUCUCGGGGGUCAGGCCCUCUUUCCCCACGUGCUUUGCAAAAACUGUUCGGUGCGCGUGAAUCUCGACCCGGAAGCUCCCUGGCGCGCUCCUCCCGCCGGUUUCCGCACGCUGCCGUCGCUCGCUCCCGGGAGAAGGACGCGGGCGCCGUUGCCGGCAGCGUCGAGAAGCGAGUGCGAGGUGCUGAUGAUGGUGGGUCUGCCGGGUUCUGGUAAAACCCACUGGGCUCGGACUCACAUGCUCCAGAACCCGAGGAAACGUUACAGUCUUCUGAGCACAAACUCCAUCUUGAGCUGCAUGAGAGAGCCUCCCGGGGCCGGCGGCAGACAGCUGAUGCUGCAGCAGGCCUCUCAGUGCGUCGGUCAGCUGAUCAGAAGAGCAGCCGCCAAGAAGAGGAACUACAUCCUCGAUCAGGCCAACAUUUAUCCAUCCGCCCGGCGACACAAGAUGCUGUGUUUCCAUGGUUACCAGCGACGAGCAGUGGUGGUUCUUCCCCCCGAUGAGGUGUGGAGGAGACGUCUUGUACAGCGGCGAGAGCAGGAGGGCACGGCCCUUCAGGACACGUCCCUUCUGAAAGCCAAAGCGAGCUUCACGCUGCCCGAGCAGGGAGAGCAUCUGGAUCAGGUGAUGUUUGUGGAGCUCGGCUCCGACGAGGCCCUCGAGCUCCUGACGCAUUACAAGGAAGAAGCUCGUCGCCUCCUGCCCGCUCCUCCCAAACGCAAAAGACACCGGAAAGGAAGUCAAAACCGCCCCGUCCAUCAGUGUGGGUGGAGAGAAGGUUCAUUCGGCUCACAUUAUACAUCCCAGAAAGCACAGGGCCGUUCCUCUGGCUUCGGUGGCUCUUACGGCUGCAGCAGUGACCCCCAGCGCUACAGGAACUACUACAGACCGUACACCGGCCAGUGGAGCUUGUCCGAGCAGAACCAGAGCGGUUACGGCGGUUCGACUUGAGCCGCUCCGACAGACCCAGAAGUUCGCCCCAAUCAGAGCGCGCUCUGCCUUGAUUAGCAGUGCUUCACCUUUACAAAAAUAAUUGGUUCGCUCUGUCUGUAAUUUCAUUAGCAAAGGUCGUCGCUUAUAAUGAGUCCCAGAACACAGUGCUUUUUUUUUUUAACGGGUCGUUAAAACCUUUUUAGUGUUUUUCAGUGGAGCGCAGAAGCAGUUUUUGAGAAUAUCAAAAAUGGAUUUUUAGGGAUGUUUUAAAUCCGGCUUUCUAAACACCGAAUUCAUCGAUAGCCAUAUAUUUUUAGCAUUCGUUUCUUAAUAUCUCUACUUUUUUGCACCACAGGCAUUCAAGAAUAUUUUGUAAAUGCGUGUACAUUUUCGUAUUGAACUCUUUUACGCUCGUAGGGGGAUGUUCUCUAUUUUCGACAUAUUUAUUGAAUUUGAAAAAUGUUUCUAAUCAGGUUUAUAUAUUGAACAUCAAUAGUGGGAAUAUUUUCUCAACUUGAUACAUAAACGGACACCUGCACCAAAU